AACAAUUAAUUGCUCGUAGUGGUGGAAGCUGCGUUUGGGUUCGAUGUUGGUCACGUGACAUGAGCAUCUGUCAAAAUGAUGGCCGUACUGCGUGUGGUGAAGAGUCCCUCCUGAAUUCGUCCAAACAUCUGUGGUCAACGCCGUUCACCAUGGUCAACAUCCCGAAAACCCGGAACACCUACUGCAAGGGGAAGGACUGCAAGAAGCACACCCCCCACAAGGUGACCCAAUACAAGACGGGAAAGGCGUCUUUGUUCGCUCAAGGUAAGCGUCGUUACGACCGCAAGCAGUCCGGUUUCGGUGGUCAGACCAAGCCGGUGUUCCACAAGAAGGCAAAGACCACGAAGAAGGUCGUGCUUCGUUUGGAAUGCACUGUCUGCAAGUACAAGCAGCAGAUUGCAUUGAAGCGAUGCAAGCACUUUGAGCUCGGUGGUGACAAGAAGACCAAGGGUGCUGCCCUCCAGUUCUAAGCGCAAUGUGGUCGUGAUCAGAGUUGCUGGUGGAAGGACAUGGUGGUCCGGGGGGUGUCCUGUACGAGAGCAGGCACUGUUGUAUUCAAUCUUGUCAAUAUAAUUCUCGACCCUUUCCGUCUUGGAAUAUAUAAUCAGACCGUAAUGGAACAGAGGAGGUGAUGGUCUCUGCGCAAUGUGGAGUGGAGAAAAGAUGUGGAAA